AUGAGAAACCACACCAACGGACAAAUUAACGUUAUUGCCUAUAAAUUUUAGACCACAUGACAUACACAGAGUUAAACCUCUGAAACAACCGAAUUGAAAUCCGAUAAUGUAUAUCUCUCUUCAAUUCCUUUGUCAUAUCUGAUUUACAUGCAACACAAAAUAAUAAUUAAAAAAACACAAAAAAUCUAAAACAAAUAAUUAAAAAACAACGAAAAUACAUUUUUAGAACUGGUUUUUAUUCAUUUAUCCACAUUUCUGUCUCUAUCUCUCUCUUGAUGGAUUCUGAUUUCUGGACCUCUCACCUCGCCGCCGCCGCCAAGCGGCAAUUCACGUUGCACCACCAUCAAAUCUCUCAACUGGAUGGGUUGAAUAUCGACGAUUUCGAAGCUGACGAUGAGGUACGACCAGAUUUCCCAUGUCCAUACUGUUACGAGGAUUUCGAUAUCGCGUCUCUGUGUUCCCACCUCGAAAUGACCACUCGUGCGAGUCCGAAGUCUCCGUUUGUCCCAUAUGCUCCGUUAAAGUUGCGAGGGACAUGUUGAGUCAUAUCACUCUGCAACAUGGACAUUUAUUCAAGUUGCGAAGACGUCGCAGGUUACGUAGAGUUGCAAUUCCCAACAGUCGGGCACUGUCCCUCCUGGGAAAGGAUCUUCGUGAGGCCCAUUUGCAGGUUCUUUUAGGAGACAGUGGAUAUCGAUCGAGCAAUGCUAAUUCAUCUAAUGCUGUUACUGAUCCGUUCCUUUCAUCUCUUAUUUUGAAUUUCCCUGCAUUUGAAUCAAAAGAUAUUUCAAAAUCCUUGCUAUCCAAUGUUGAGGAAAAUUCUGUUAACAGUGUGACAUCAUCACAUAUAUGGAAAGCAAGUUUUGAUCCGUCGUUGAGUUACGAAGAGCGAGAAGAAAGGAUGAGACAGGCUGCUAGAAGAGUUUUUUUUCUCCAGGACCUGCUAGCCUCGUCUCUGUUAGGUGAAUAGUGGAGCAGUAAGUUAAAAUACAAAAUAAUGAUAAAAUUAGGUUAUUCAGUAAUCCCGAUAAGAGGCAAUUUAGGUUAAUUUAACGCUUUCACAUUGUUAGACAACCCAAGGCCUCAUUCAAAUGUUUAGCAUUAGUGAGUGCUUAAUCAUUGUUUUUAUGCCUAUUCCGCUGGAGCUGUACUGCUUUCCCGAGAAAUAUCAUAUAGUUUAUAGUAAAGUUUACUCAUGACAUGGUUGUUACAGUCCAAGCUAUACCGUCUAAAGCAAAAAUUUCAGCAAGCCA